GAGGCAGCGGUGGCAACCGUCUCACAAAGCGGAGGAGUAUGCCGCCAGGCCCAAUCACCGGCCCUUUCCUCACGGAGCAAGACUUUCACUGCUUUGCCACUUCGGAAUUUACCUUCCCUCUUCGGGCACAGCUCCCCAGUCGUGCCUUCCCUCCCAGCAAAGCGCUCCGUCGCCGAGCGCGCAGAACGUAUUCGAUGGGGAGUCUUUAUUAUGGACGAGGAACAUGGGAACGGAAUUUGGGAAGAGGAACAGCUGGAUCGUGUGCCCAAGUUGAAAAAGAUUUCCAGGUCGACAAACUCGUAUGCCGAGUGGGCUUGUCGGAGCAUGAUUUCUCGUUGUGAACAUGCGCUUCACGAGGAGCAAAGAUUGAUUGCCCAAAUGCCGGGUAAUGUAUGUAGUUCUCCUGAAGCCUUCAUGGAGGGUCAAACGCAACCCCAACAGGAAGGCAUGCCAUCGGAGAAGGAGUCGAGGCGGUCUAGUGCUUCCAGCACGUUCACCUCUGCUAUUUCGGCGUCAAGUCGCGCUAGCUCAAGUCACGAGCAGAUUGAGGGAGAUAUUCCUGACGUUCCUUUUGACACAGACGGUCUCUCUCAACCUCUCCUUUCUGCCACUUUGCGAGCUCCCCGCCCGAAUACCAUAUCGUCUGCUGCCCACCCUGCCCACUCGAACCCAUCCGCUGCUGCUAGCCUUCGACGAGCCUCGACCCUUCGCACCGCUGUCGACCGCUUCAGAUGUCUACAUGAUUCCCUUGUAGAGGAGGCCCUAUGCUUGAUGGACAAUCACUCAGCAGCCAUGAGAAUACUUGAAGAGCGAGGUCGUAGAAGGGGUUGGAGUUCCACCGAAAGCGGCCUAUCACGUUCCAGCAAAUUAUCAGCCACAAAGACUUGGCCCAAGACAACCAACCCCCCCCCAAUAUCACCCUUUGCUUCUUCCUAUGGCACAGGUGCAUCCGUUUGGGAACUGUCUAUUCCCUUGGUUCGGAGCUCUCUGGGAGAGAUCUCGAGCACAUGGGAAGAUUGGCAAAUGGAGUGGGAGAUGGAACGUGAUUUUGGGUGUGAGGACUCCGAAUCGUUUGAUAUGGGUGCAUUCCCGGACAUCAUUUCCGAGUUUGGCAAUGAAGUCGCGUCAAUGGAUGAGCUCGACCCCAGCUCUCGAUCAAGCUUUACGAUUGGAGAAGGAGAGGAAGGUGUGCUUGAUCAUUCGGGCUUUUCCGAUUCCGACAGCUCAGACGAAGAAGCUGGCGUCGACCCCGAAAUUCAAGCUUCUGGCAAAGGCGCAGCUGCCAGUACUUCAAAGAUUCCUCGGCGCAAAAAGUCUACACGAGGCCACAGGGCGGGGGCUCAGGCCCGUUUGGGAACAUAUGAGGACGUUCGAGAUGAGCUUCCUCCGUCGCCACCCCUAUUAUCUCUUAGUCCGCCUCCAAAAGCUACCAAACAAAGAGAAG